GCAUCUGCAUGCAUUUGGAGAACCUCGUCGGAGCCUUACGCCCUACAACCGUGCGCGCCCAACUGCACUCGCGCCUGAACAGUCGUGUCUGACAUAUUCCUCGCCCGGCCAAAGUGUCAACUGGAACGCGCCUAUCGGUUUGUAUAUACCGUGUCUGUCUAUCUGUGCCUUGUUGCGACUCGUGAAAGAUUGAAACAGUUUCGGCCCGUCACAUUUCGUUGUUGCAUCGCAUUGCAUAGCAUAGCAGAGUAUUGCGCGGCAUCGCACGCAUCGCGACAGCCUAUUCUUCUUUGCUUGUGUUCUCCAACUUUGAAGAUACGGUUACCACCCUUGCACUUGCAAACAGGUACUGCAAAGAGUAUCGUCCUCUGCAAACAUAUCGCGUUCUACCAGGCCUCAGAAGGUCCUAUCAAGUUGCUAUCUCAGUUCCCUCGUCGGAACAUAUCAACUGAAAAUCUAUCACUCGCCACUAUGGUAAGCUGACCAUAGCCGUACAAAAUGGGGAGAGAAAAACGAAACCUGCCCGCGGCUGUAGCAGGUGGCCCAAAGGAGAGGCAUAGACGUGCACAAAGAUCUCAGUAUGAUCAUACAGCACCUGUCCCCCCUGGCUUUGUUGCCAAACCAGCUCUUCCAAAGACAACGAAACAUCACUCGUACUUCGAGUUUGUUGAAAACAAGGACAAAAAAAAGAAGCUUGAAUUCCAGAUUACUACAAAGAAAACACCCCCUCCUGGUUUCGAGUUUGUCCCUGCCGGCAACCCUGAACUAACUCAAGCAUGCAAAGAACUAUCACGAGAAAAAGAUGCCAUGAUAUUUAUCGUAUCGAACGCAAAAGAAGCAUCCGGCUCAAAUAUCUUGGCUCACCAAGUCCAUCGCAUUGGACAUCAUGUUAGAGAAACAAUCGUCGAGGAAGCCCGCGCGGGUCUAGGACAUGUCAUGGAGAACAUGCUUCCAGCAGCUCGCGGCGCCCCCGAACCCAUUCCCGAAUCUCAAGAGGAAUACGAUGCACAAGUUGACGCUGCAUUACGCGAUUUGUUUCCCAGAAUUCCAAACACCGAUCGACGGAUGAUCAUCGAACAUGCUUUUAGACGGGAUCCAACGAACAAAAACAACAAGGAAAAAGUAGGCCUUUCGGAAGACAUAACCCUCGCUCGAAGGGUUCAACUCGCAGUGCUCGCUCACAUCCGUCAUACCCAUACAAGGUAUGAUACUUUGCUAAGGGAGACCACGUGGCAGAAUGCUCGCAAAGUUGUCGAGGCUCUUUGUUUGGACACCCUCGUCAAGUGGCGAGGAGAUGAGGAGAGCGGUCGGGACCAGCUGGAUGAGAUAUUGAGGGAAGUUGUUGUGAUAUCCGACUCAGAAGGUGAGGAAUCCGGCAACGAGUCCGACUCAUCAAUCGAAGAGGUUGUGUGUCAGUAUACGAAUCCCAUUCCCAGCAGGCCUGUACAGAAUAUCUCUGGCCAGGCGGGUCCCGGUCACCACCAAUCUCCCAGACCUAACCAGGGCGCACGAACGCCCGCCACGCCCAGGCCAAAAGGAAAGGUGAAGAAAGCAAAGCGUAAGACAUCCGCCGAGAAGAAAGGACAGCGCGGAUUCAAACGGUACCAAGCAUGGCAAGAAGCCAUUGACAGAAGCCGCAAUGUACAAGAGCCAGCUCCCCAAUCUCCCCGAGGGCCGUCUCCUCAGUAUACCCGUGGUCCCCCGCCGCCUACGGCUCUGGUUCCUUUGGGUGAUGAGUUGCCUGCUGCAUCCCAGCUCAGAAUUGUUUCUGGAGGUGCGGGACCUGCACCCUAUGAGAACGGUUAUGUUGGGAAACCUCAGUAUCCCGCAAAUGGCCAUUUUAUAAGUACAGGGCCACAAGUUGCCCGCAAGGUAAAGUCACCAUUUUAUGACGCGCCACCUAGCACUCAUCCGCCUGUGUCGAGAGUGGCCGAUCGGCUACAGGAUAUGUUGGUGCAAUCCAUUGAGCCAGCGUCUCCUGAUACUAUGAAACCGUCCUUUGUGCGUGCAGUACCCCCUCGGGGACAAGGCUUCAGAAAUGAGCCCCCUAUGACCACCAGUAUGCAGCAUCCAGUUAUCAUAUCUUCUCCAUUGCGAGGCCCUCUUACAAGAGGCGAGCCCAUGGAAAUAUCACGACCUGUAAUGGGUGAACCGUUGGUUCAUGGAGAUAGGCCCUACCAAAUCCCUGGCCACGAUCCCUCACCACCCCGUGGUCACAUAUUCGAUGCCCCUGCGCAUCGCUAUAAUACAAGAUCUCAUGGAAUACCUGCUCCUCCGGCUCCUUUGGAUCCUUCAUAUCGUUAUGAUACAAGAUCGCGUGGAACACAGAACAACCCAGCGAGGAUUUUAGUAAGUCGUCGGCCAUAUGACGAGCCACAAAGACCAGGAAUUCGUGAUACCCCAGUUGUCAUGGAAGAUCGUGGUGGGUUCUAUGAACGAGUCCCAGUUCAUUCAACUGGAGACGUUCCAGCAUCAUCCCGUGAUGAAGCAGGGCCUGGCUUGGGGCUUGCUCCGGAGCCAUAUAGAGUUGCAAGGGAGCAACAGGCGGGCCCUUGGCAGGAAAACUCCCGGCUAGUACCAGGCAACCGAACCAACGCAGACACUGAGAUGAUCCCCAUCAAUCGCGUGCCUCUGGAAGAUCGAUAUCGCCCUAUUGUAACGGACAAUCGGGCCAGACCAGCUCAUGUCCCUGUGUCUUCAGGAGCUCGAGGUGAUAUUAGAAGUUACUUUGAGCGAGACUCUCGUCCCAUCCGUUAUAAUCCACCUGGCCCAGAGCCUCGUCCGGUCAUAAAUGAGCCAUUGGCACCAGGCUACGAACCGUAUCGCGAGGUUCGUUACGAAGAACGAGUACCCGAACCCUUUCAACAUCGAGAGCCAGUGCAUCGAUACUACCGAGAAGAGCCCGUUGUUGCAGGAGACGGCCGACCUCGGCCUCUACACCCGCGUCGAAUGGAGGAUGUAAUUGUGCUUGAGUAAUGCUGCAAGAUGAUUUCGAGAAUUGCGGAUACUGUUUGUUUUGCUCAUGAUAAUGCAUGUGCGUAAAAUAUUUGAGCGCGUUGAGCAUGGAAACAGGCGUUGGAGGUUACAUUGUUGAUAUUGCAGUCCGGCAAAAGCGAUUGUGAUGGAAUGAACUUUGGACGAUGGCAUGAUCUGAUGAUACCCCGAUCGGAGGAAAGACUUGACUACUACAAGAACUAGUAUUUGAAUUGUUAGACGUUUGGACGAGGCCUUUUACUCCCCAUAAUACGAUGAUGAACC